UCCAAUGUGCCGCAGAUGAAGGAGAAGCUUGGUCAACAGAACAUUCCCUAUAAGGUCAUGAUUGAAGAUGUGCAGAAGCUGAUUGACAGCCGACCUGUGAGUGACAACAAGGCAAGGGCAAUAUCCCUGGACACGUAUACAUAUACCGAAUACCAUCCGAUGGAUGAGAUUUAUACCUGGAUGGAACUUAUUAAAGACAAACACAGUAAUUUGGUGGCACAACAUCUCCUGACACAUACAUAUGAGGAGCGUCCCAUCUAUUACUUCAAAAUCGGAUUCCCCGCAGCCAGAACAAAGAAAGUUAUAUUCAUGGACUGCGGUAUCCAUGCUCGGGAAUGGAUUGCUCCCGCGUACUGCCAGUGGUUUGUGAAAGAGAUGCUUGCAAGACAGAACGAACCUUUGAUAAACAAGCUCCUGAAGCAAGUAGAUUUCUAUGUCGUACCUGUGCUAAACAUCGAUGGAUACAUUUAUUCCUUUACUACAGAUCGUCUCUGGAGAAAGAACCGUUCACCACAUGAUAAUGGGACCUGUCAUGGAGUAGACCUUAAUCGGAACUUUGAUUCAAAUUGGGGCACCAUAGGCACGUCGCUGGAAUGCGAGAACAUAGUCUACUGUGGACCAAGACCGGCUUCUGAGUUAGAGACGCAAGGUGUGGUCCGUCUUUUGGAGCCAAUGAAAUCCAAUACUCUCAUGUACUUAACCAUACAUUCCUUUGGACAAUAUAUUCUCCUUCCAUACGGACAUACAUUUUUCCCAUCUGUGAAUCAUUAUGAAAUGACAAAAGUCGCAGAGAAAGCAGCUGAUGAACUGAAAAAAUUAUAUAACACUGAAUACACGGUGGGAUCUUCAUCUGUCGUAUUAUAUCACACCUCCGGAUCUUCGGCAGACUGGGCAAGUGAUCAGGAUAUUCCGUUCAGUUACGUCUAUGAGCUGAGAGACGAGGGAUCCUUCGCCUUUGAGCUGCCAGCUGAUCAAAUUGAACCCACUUGUGAGGAAACGUGGAUCUCCAUGGUGUCAUUGUUUGAGUACUUAAAUGAAAAGCACUUUGGACCACUUGAAGAUGAUAACGACGGUGCAGCUGCCCUCAGUACACACUGGCUCCAUAUGAUCAUUUCCUUUUCUGUCUGCAUGUACUAUGCUCUGAUACGUUAA